AAACAAAAAAUGUCUAUUCGAGAUUUCUGAGAUUUUCGAGGUCGCUUGCUGUUUGUCGGUCGAAUUUAUGUGGAUUGCAGUUUUUAAACGAUAUUGUGAAUUGAUGUAAAAAGCACUCGUACUAGUGGUAUGCUGAGUGUCUUUGACGUGUAUAUAAAGUAAUAAAACUUCGCCAUGCUCAAGGACAAGGGGCAAAUCUCCUUUGAAGAUAAAUGGCCUUCUAUGCGACCAAUAGUUUUGAAACUUCUCAAGCAGGAGACUGUUUCUCAACCAGAAUGGCAAGACUUAUUUGGAGCUGUGCAUUUGGUGUGUUUAUGGGAUGAAAGAGGACCUUAUAAGCUUCGUGAUGCUUUACAGCAGGAUAUAGUCGCUUACAUAAAACAAGCUCAGAAUCGUGUGCUCGCCCAGCGGGAAGAGCAAGCAUUACUGAAGGCCUACAUAGCAGAAUGGGGUAAAUUCUUCACCCAGUGCAACUAUUUGCCAACACCCUUCAGGCAACUAGAGAAUUCCAUAAACAAUGUGUCGAAAGGCAGCAGUUCCAACUCUUCCAGUUCCCAAAAGAAGAAUAACAACAACAACAAUGAAGACAGCCUUGUGCGGAAAUUAAUGUUGGAUUCCUGGAACCAGAGCAUUUUUAUUGAUAUCAAGCAAAGACUACAAGAUUCAGCAAUGAAAUUGGUUCAGGCUGAGAGAAAUGGUGAAUCUUUUGAUUCACAGCUUGUUAUAGGUGUGAGAGAAUCUUAUGUUAACCUGUGUUCAAAUCCAGUUGAUAAGCUGCAGAUCUAUAGAGAAAACUUUGAAGCAGCUUACAUGCAGGCCACUGAAGAGUUCUACAAGUUAAAGGCUAAUGAGCAUUUAGUUGCUAAUGGAGUUCAAUCCUACAUGAGCUAUGCUGACCAACGGCUAAAGGAGGAGGAAGCUCGUGCUCACCGAUACCUUGAGCCUGGCAGUGGUAGUGUGGCCGCCCUAACUCAGUGUUGUGAACGAGUCCUUGUGAGUGAACAUCUGCCCACAAUCCUGGCAGAAAGUGCACCUCUCAUCAAAGCUGGAGAAACUGAGAAACUUCAGUUAAUGUUCCGUCUUCUUGACCGAGUGGCAGAUGGUGUUGCUCCUAUACUGAGAGAUUUAGAGGCUCACAUAGUGUCAGCAGGUCUGGCAGACAUGGUGGCAUCAGCAGAUAUCAUCACCUCAGACUCUGAAAAGUAUGUGGAGCGCUUGCUUGAUCUCUUUAAAAGAUUCAGUUCAUUAGUUAAGGAUGCCUUCCUUGAUGACCCACGGUUUCUAACAGCUAGGGACAAGGCAUAUAAGUUUGUGGUUAAUGACACAACAGUUUUUAAAUUAGAAUUACCAUCAUCAGCACUUUUGCGAGGCACUAAAGGGACAGCACCAGAGAGUAAGUGCCCUGAGCUUUUAGCUAACUAUUGUGACAUGUUGUUAAGAAAAACUCCACUUAGUAAAAGACUUACGAGUGAGCAGAUUGAGACUCGGUUAAGAGAUGUGCUAUUAGUUUUGAAGUAUAUUGAGAACAAAGAUGUGUUUAUGAGGUACCACAAGGCUCAUUUGACCAGAAGGUUGAUUUUGGAUUCCAGUGCUGAUUCAGAAAAGGAAGAGGAUAUGGUUGAGUGGUUAAGAGAGGUGGGAAUGCCAGCAGACUAUGUCAACAAGCUGGCCAGAAUGUUCCAGGAUAUUAAAGUAAGUGAAGAUCUCAACACUCAGUUUAGAACUGACACAACCAGACAUGAUGCCAUCAACAUCAAAAUAUUGAAUGCUGGCGCAUGGGCCCGUGGGUCAGAGCGAGUUACUGUCAGUCUUCCUCUAGAGCUAGAGGAUUAUAUUCCCGAAGUAGAAGAAUUCUACAAGAAGAAACAUUCUGGCCGAAAAUUGCAGUGGUACCACCACAUGAGCAAUGGUACUAUCACUUUUGCUAACUCUGUCGGCAGAUUUGACUUGGAUGUCACCACUUUCCAAAUGGCAGUGCUUUUUGCGUGGAAUCAGAGGCCAAUGGAGAAGAUCAGUUAUGAAAACUUGAGAUUAGCAACUGAACUGCCUGACCCUGAACUAAGAAGAACUUUGUGGUCUUUGGUCGCGUUCCCGAAGCUGAAGCGGCAGUUGUUGUGUUACGAGCCGUUAGUGCAGAAUCCUAAAGACUUUGCAGAGAACACUACAUUCUGGGUGAAUCAAGAAUUUGCUCUAGUAAAGAACAACAAGCCGCAGCGUCGCGGCAAGAUCAAUCUGAUUGGUCGCCUGCAGCUCAGCACUGAACGGUCGCAGAUUGAGGACAAUCAUUCCAUUGUGCAACUCAGGAUAUUGCGGACUCAAGAAGCCAUUAUAAAGAUAUUAAAGAUGCGAAAGCGUAUUACCAACACUGCACUUCAGAGCGAACUGGUAGAAAUCCUGAAGAACAUGUUCUUACCAUCGAAGAAGAUGAUAAAAGAGCAACUGGAGUGGCUGAUCGAGCACAAGUACAUGCGGCGGGACGACGACGACAUCAACACAUUCAUAUACAUGGCCUAAAUCUCACACGAGUCUCACAGUACAUUAUGUAAGCAAAAACAAAUCAAAAUAAAAUUCAUUUCAUAAACUUUCA